AUGCAGCACAUGCUGGUUCACACAGGGGAGAGACCCUAUGAAUGCAAUGUUUGUGGGCGUACGUACAAUCAUAUCUCCAGCCUCAUAAGACAUAGACGCUGCCAUAGAGAGGAUGGUCCAUUUACUUGCAACCUGUGCUGGAAAGUCUUUAAAAAGCAAAGUCAUCUUCACCAGCACCAGAUUAUACAUACUGGGGAAAAGCCUUUUAGCUGUAACAUAUGUGAAAAAAGUUUCAAUCGCCGUGAAAGCUUAAAGCGCCACGUGAAGACACACUCCAACUCACUGAAGGUUCAGUGUGAGGUGUGCGGCAAAGCCUUCCGCGACACUACUUAUUUAUUAAAGCACCAAGCUACCCAUACUGGUGAACGACCAGACUACAAGUGUGAUGUGUGCGGAAAAUCAUAUGCUGCUCCACAGAGUCUUUUAAGACACAAACAUGUGCAUAAUAUAAGCAAAAACUUCUGCUGUAAUGUAUGUGGACGUGGUUUCGGUAGGCGAGAAACCCUAAAGCGUCAUGAACGGAUCCACACUGGUGAGAAGCCACACCAGUGUUCAGUUUGUGGCAAGAGGUUCAGAGAAUCUUUCCAUCUUACUAAACAUCAUGUAGUACACACACGUGAACGGCCCUACAAAUGUGAGCUGUGUGGCAAGGUUUUUGGCUAUCCCCAGAGCUUGACACGCCACAAAGUUGUGCACACCGGUGAGCGAGCAUACAAGUGUGCCUUGUGCAACAAACGUUUUGCCCAGUCCUCCAGUUUAGCAGAACAUCAGAGACUACACAUUGUGGCACGCCCUCAACGAUGCCCAACCUGUGGUAAAACGUUUCGCUACCGCUCCAAUCUCUUGGAACACCAGAGAGUGCAUCUUGGUGAAAAGGUUUACCGGUGCGAUCAGUGUGGUAAGAGCUUCUUCUACAUUUCAUCCAUCUUGCGUCAUCAAAGAUCUCAUGAUGCAAAACCAGACCUUCGUUGUUCCUGUUGCCUCAAACUGUUUAAGGAUCCAAAGUAUUUCAGCAAACAUGUACAAGCCCAUCAAGGAGAACGUCCCUUUAAAUGUGGAACAUGUGGUGAGGCUUUCAGCAAUACGUAUGGACUAAAGAAGCAUAGGUAUGCACAUAAAAUGGAAAAACUUAAUGCAGUGGCAACACUUGUUGAAGGACAGAAGACUUCUCAACCAACAGGAACUUAA